AAUAGUUCUGCAAUUUAUUCGGCAGAAAUGACAUUUAGCACCGCACUGAAUUUGCAGCGGCUGCGGAAGGUUGCGUGAAUUUUGUUUCCAAAUAAUUUUUUUGUGGAAAUAUAGACAGUGUACGCGUCCGGUGUUUGUGUUGUGUCUGCAUGUUCAUUGCUAUGUAUGUUUAGCAUGAUUCUCUAAAUUGUCGAAAAAUGAUUCUGGGUAAUCUUGGAGCCAGUGCUCCACUACCCGUUAAGUGAUAUUAGUUUAUUUUUUGCGUAUAAAGCGGCUUUACAGAAACGAUGGAGACAGGCAUUGCUACUUUUGAUCCGAACGAUCUAAUUAGCUAUUCGCCGGAAGAGUCCGAAGAUGAGGGUGAACCUCCGUCGGCCUCUCGGCCUCCCACAGAGCAGACUUUAUUAUCACCGGUCAAACCCGAAGUCAACCAGAUCGACCUAGCUGCCAUUUCGGGAGAAGAAAUUCAAAUAACUGUGCCAUCUGUGUCUGCCAGUGUUAUCCAGGAGCGAAGUCCCCCCCAAGGAGCACGCUUCAAAUGUAAGUUUUGUCCAGCAUACACCCACACAGCGGAGGAUUUCAUCAAACACUUCAUUAUGCACUUCGGUAGAAACCGUAUUUCCUACAAGGAAAUGACUCAUGAAGAGGUCCGAGCGUUGCCUAAUGCAAAGGAAAAAUUUGUCUGUGGUAUCUGCGCUCGUUGUUUUGAGACGAGAGAUGCUGUAAAAGAUCAUAUGAUAAAAGAUCAUGGUUUUAACGAAAUUAAACCAAGAGAAAAAUCAGAAAAAGUCGCCUCUACUGUUCCUACGGUCCCAAGUGUUAAGAGAAAACUGGACGAUGAGUUCGUAGAUUCACAAAAACUUCCGCUGAGUGAUAGUUCCUCUUGUUCGUCUGUACAAAAGGAAAGUGUGAAUAAACCUCCUUCAAAAAGCGCUUCGCCUGUAGUUCCGCAGUCCAUAAUUUCUGUGGCUUCAACUGCGACCGUCGUUUUACCGACUCCAUCUUCAUCGGUAAUCUGUAAGAGUGACAAACCAAGCACUUCAAGCAUGCAGCCAUUGCAACAGUCUGGACAAGCUCAAAUGGCCACAAUUACGCAUAUACAGAAGGUGAACGAAGCGGAGGACGCGGAGCUCAACGAAUUCCUCCAACCGAUGUCAUUGAAAACUCUCAAGCUAAAACUGUUGGCCGGAUUGAAACUAAAAUGUCCUCAGAAAGGGUGUGUUUAUAAAUUCGAGACACGCGCCAAACGAGAUGUGCAUCUUAAAUGCCAUAACAUAGAACCGGCACACAUCGGUCCGGGAGGACCUGGUCCUGUCGGUGGAGCUGCUGGAAAGGAAGAGAAGAAAGAUAACUUCAAAUGCUACCAGUGUGGAAUUGAGUUUCCACGUUGGCGCGAGUGCUCCCAACAUCUCUGGAAACAGCAUCAAGUUGAUGUGAACAUGUUAAAGUGCCCAGUUUGUGAUGUGCGCUUCGAUUUUGCUGUUAAGGUGUACCGUCACUUGCAAACCCAUCGUCCUGUGAAAGCAUUUAGUUGCCCAUCCUGCAGUAAAUCGUUCGCGACUCAGUCACACCUGUCAGUUCACGAAAUGCUUCACAAGAAACAGCGAGCGAAGCAAAAAACCGGGCCCGGUAUUGAGGAGGCUAAAAACGAGAACGCGACCAACGCCGAGAAUGAAGCCGACGCAGAGGACGAGGAUGAGGAUGCUAGCAAUCGGGAGGGGAAACCAACCGAAAAAUUACCCUGGUAUGCCGAGCGGAAAUGUGACAUAUGCGGCCAUAUGUUUAGCACUUCGAAAAUUCUUUCGAAACACAUCAAAACGGUGCAUCACAAGAUAAAGCCCUUCAUUUGCAGCGUUUGUGGGUACAAGUCGGCUAGAAAGGUUACCCUAACGAUCCAUAUGCGUCAGCACUCUGGCCAGAAACCGCUGGAAUGUAAGGAGUGUACGUUCCGUACGGCCGAUCCAAGCGCGUUGAAGUACCACGAAAAGCGGCAUAGCAAGGACAAAUGGUACGAGUGCAAGUUCUGCGGUCUGCUGACGAUCCAGGCGAGCGCCCUUAAGACGCACAUCCGCUCGAACCACCCGAAAGAGUACGAAUCGAUGAAGUGUGAUCUGUGCAAUUUCAGCUCGGUCAACCCGGAGCUGCUGGCGCGCCACAAGAGCGACCACAAGGCGGGUCUCAUCAAGAGUGAGGAUUCGCGCGAUUCGGUAUCCUCGAAGCGCUCGAAAAACGCCCCCGAGAGUUCAUCCGACUGUUUUCUGCCGAUCGAAAGUACCGACUCGGUGGUGCAUGAUGCCGGUGGAUUCACCAUUCCGGCCGUGAUCAACGCACCGGUGGCACACUCAGAGGAAACACAGUUUCCGACCUGAGGCGUGCGAGUGCUUUAAUGUUUUUUAAUGUGUUUUAACUCGUAGAAGCUUAAAGCGAAACAGUUUCGUACACGCAUAUUCUCUUCGUAAGCCUGCAGCAGUGAUGCCGUUCAUGUGAAAGUCAUCCGUGUUUUAUUUAUUUAUUUUUUAGACGCGGAGUAAUAUUAUAUUAAGAAAUAAACUAUUUAUCACAAUAAUAACGCUUGUUGUACGAGAAA